UCGCCUAAUAAUAGUUGUCACAUUAUCACGGAAGUUAACAUAACUACCAGAAAAUAGCUCACAGCUUUUCUCAAGCCUCAGUGUUGUAAUUAAUUUGAACGUUAGCAUAUUUUAAUGGGUCUAUUGCAGUUCCUCCAUAUGACCACAAGAGGGCGACCUACAAAAACGACUAGGGGUAUUUGUAACCGAGCUAGUUUACCAGAAUUUUCACGUGCAGUUAUUUGUUCAAUAUCAAUUGACAUUGCAUUAAUUUUAUGUUUAAUGUCCGGAUCCCCUUAUCUGGCGUCAGUUUACAAAAUGUUAAAAGGAAUUAAAAUAAAAAUGACAAAUUAAAAAUCCUUCUGGAAACAACAACAAAAUCAAAAUAGACAUAGUGUAAUAGAACCACCUCCUCUAUAGACUUUCAAAAUAAAGCAUACCGAGACCUAUAGGUAUAGGUAUGAAUGAGUAAAAUAUUCAAGAUUAAAUCCAAGAAGAUGAAUUUCAUUGUUUAAUUUAACUUCAGCUGCUUUUUAAAAAGUCUGAAUGUCCAUAAGCAAACAAACUCAAGCCGUUGGACGAUCCGAACUCAACUUCCCAGCAUUCAUAUCGGCAAAGAAUAUGGUUGCGCAGAGCUUCAGGUGCUGAAGACUGUGUGCUUUAAAGUAGUUACUUGCAGCAAUGCCAACUUUUAUCGUAUUUAUAUUGCUUUUGGCCUCCAGCGUGUCGGCCUCGGAUUCAAAAGUCUCUCAGGAUGCCCGCAGUCCCACUGAGAGCUAUUUCAUGUGGUUAUGGCACAGCAGGUUGUACCUGUACUCGGCUGCUGCGCUUGUUUUUGGGCUCUGGUUCUUACUGAAGAAGAAAAACGUUUCUAAAGAUGCCAGCAAAGAGAAGAACGACAAAGUUGACAAAGCUGCAAAGAAGAACGACAGAGAGACCAAGAAGGUUCAUGUGUCAGGAGUCAAAAUCUUCUAUGGCUCACAAACCGGGACUGCAAAGGGCUUUGCGAACGAGCUGUCAGAGGAGGUGAAGUCUUUGGGUUUACCAGCCGAGGUGAUUGACAUGAAGGACUACGAUCCAGAUGAUCAGCUUGCUGAUGAGUGCUUCAGUAAGUCGGUGUGCGUGUUUCUUGUGGCAACUUACACUGAUGGACAGCCCACAGAAAAUGCUGAGUGGUUCUGCAAGUGGCUCGAAGAGGCAUCCACUGACUUCAGAUAUGGGAAGACCUACUUGAAAGGACUCAGAUAUGCAGUGUUUGGCCUUGGAAACUCUGUCUACGUUGGCCAUUACAACACGGUGUGUAAAAAUGUGGACAAGUGGCUGUGGAUGCUGAGUGGCAGACGAAUCAUGACCAGGGGAGAAGGCGACUGUAAUGUGGUGAAGAGUCUUAAUGGCAGCAUCCAGGCAGACUUCCUGACCUGGAAGGUCAAGUUCCUGAACCGCUUACAGACUCUGGCAAAGGGCGAGAAAAAGAGCUGCAGUGGGAAGUGUAAGACUGAGGGCUCCUGUAAGAACAAGAGGAAGGAGCGACAGGAGGAAGAGAAGAAGGCCUCUCCACAGAAUAACAGCUCUGAGGUAAGGGCAGGAAAAAAUGGGGAUAAAUCCAGGCGAGCAGUGUAAGAUGUAAUUAGUUUGAGCAUUAAUAUUGUCAAGAGACAGCAGAGCAAAGAGGAGAGUCAAAGAGACGGCCAGAUGGUGAAGCUAUCCAAAUUAAACGGAGUGCAGAAGAUUGAAGACGAAGGGGAAAGAAGGGAGAUGAUCACCCCUGCCCUCAGAGAAGCACUGACAAAGCAAGGAUAUAAACUGAUUGGGAGUCACUCAGGAGUGAAGCUUUGUCGAUGGACUAAGUCUAUGUUGAGAGGAAGGGGAGGUUGUUACAAGCACACUUUCUACGGUAUCGAGUCCCACCGGUGCAUGGAGACUACCCCCAGCCUCGCAUGUGCUAACAAGUGUGUCUUCUGCUGGAGACAUCAUACCAACCCUGUCGGCACUGAAUGGCGCUGGAAAAUGGAUCCUGCAGAGAAAAUCUUGGAGGAUGCCCUGGAAAAGCACCAGAACAUGAUUCGACAAUUCAGAGGUGUCCCUGGAGUAAAGCCUGACAGGUAUGAGGAGGGCCUAGCAGUCAAGCACUGCGCCCUGUCCUUGGUUGGUGAACCAAUCAUGUAUCCUGAAAUCAACAACUUCAUUCGCCUCCUCCACCACCAUCAGAUCUCCAGUUUCUUGGUAACCAAUGCGCAGUUCCCCCAGGAAAUCAGGAGUUUGGUGCCAGUUACUCAGUUGUAUGUCAGUGUGGAUGCCAGCACCCAAGACAGUCUGAAGAAGAUUGACCGGCCACUUUUCAAGGAUUUCUGGCCGCGCUUCCUGGAUAGCCUCAAGGCCCUGGGAGAAAAAAAACAGAGGACGGUGUACAGACUGACGCUGGUCAAAUCCUGGAAUGUGGAGGAGAUGCAGGCUUACUCAGAGCUCAUAGCAUUGGGCCAGCCAGACUUCAUUGAGGUCAAGGGGGUGACAUACUGCGGGGAAAGCUCUGCGAGCAGCCUGACAAUGGCAAAUGUUCCCUGGCACCAGGAAGUGGUCACCUUCGUUCAGCAGCUAGCUGACAUGUUGCCUGAAUAUGAGAUUGCCUGCGAACACGAGCACUCAAACUGUCUGCUCAUUGCACACACCAAGUUCAAGGUGGAUGGCGAGUGGUGGACAUGGAUUGACUACGAACGCUUUCAGGAACUGGUCCAAGCUUAUGAUGAAAGUGGAGGACAGCAGACUUUCUCUGCCUUGGACUACGUAGCCAAGACUCCCAGCUGGGCUCUGUUUGGAGCCCAAGAACAAGGUUUCGACCCUGCUGAGACACGUUUCCAACGACGCAACAAAAGCAAAGACAUCUCAGGAUGCUGAUAGAUGAGCGAGCGAGAGAAACCAGACAGAGGUAGAGUUACUAUAGUGAGCGCCAAUACUUAAAUAAAAAACGGAAAAUUUGGGGUUUGUUGUUUUUAUUGCUAUCCUCUUGGAGCUUCAGCGUUAUUUGUGUGUCUGUAUGUCCACAGCUGCCUUCCUUGUCAUGUGGACUCCCUGGUUUAAUUUCUCUUAUAUUUCAUUUCUUUUGACAUAACCUCUAAAAUCAGUCAUGGACCAGAAGAAAUUUACUCACUCCUAUUUUCUAGGAAUUUGCCGGAACAACAGGUUAUUUACAACAUCAGGUUAUUGCUUCUUUUUCUUCAUAGAUGUGCCUAGAUCUUU